GUUGGUGAUAUCAUCUGCAUUGAUAAGGAUCAGCGUGUUCCUGCUGAUGUUGUUCUCUUAUGGACCUCUGAUCGCCAAGGCACUUGUUUCAUUCGUACUGAUCAGCUUGAUGGCGAGACUGACUGGAAGCUGCGUCAAGCGAUCCCUGCCACUCAGGAGGUUUGUGGGCCUCAUGGAAAUAAUAUGGACGCAUUGCUUGACCUAUGCGCCCAUGUUUAUGCUGAGCCACCAAAUCAGAACAUACACAGUUUUGAGGGCACUUUUACACGAACCGAAUCAUCCCUGUUUUCCAGGACAGAAUGUAGUGCCUUCGUAACAAGUCUGACAGCGGCACCUCAGGUUUCAUUGACGGGAAUUAAUUCUGGUGUCCCUCCUGCCGACGCAUCGCUUAGCCUGGACAACACCGCUUGGUCGAAUACUGUAUUGGCCACUGGCUCUUGCUUAGGGCUAGUUGUAUACACUGGUUCCGAGACGCGAGCCGUCAUGAACUCGAGCAAGGCGCGCACUAAGCUUGGCCGUGUUGAUCGUGAUGUGAACAAUAUUAACAAAUUGCUAUUUUUUGUCGUAGUUCUACUCGCUCUAGUGAUGAUUGCCCUCAAAGGUUUCAUGGGAUCUUGGUUCAAGUACUACUGGCGCUUUUUUCUUCUUUUCUCCUACAUUAUUCCACUCGCGUAA